AUGCCGAAGGCAUCGUUCUCGUCUAACGAUGACAGGGUGCCGAAGGCAUCGCUCUUGUCAAAUAAUGGCAGGGUGCCGAAGGUGAUGACGGGGUGCCGAAGGCGUCACUCUCGUCGGAUGAUGACAGGGUGCCGAAGGCAUCUCUCUUGUCAAAUGAUGACAGGGUGCCGCAGGCAUCGCUUGUCAAAUGAUGACGGGGUGCCGAAGGCAUCGCUCUCGUCUAAUAAUGAUAGGGUGCCGAAGGCAACGCUUUGUCAGAUGAUGACGGGAUGCCGAAGGCAUCGUUCUCGUCGGAUGACGACAUCGUGCCGAAGGCAUCGCUCGUGUCAAAUGACGGGGGCCGAAGGCAUCGCUCUCGUCUAA